AUGAAUACGGAAUCAGAAAACCAUGAAACUAUGGAACUUGUUGACAUUGGAGCAAAUUUAACCCAUCCAAGUUUUGACAGCGAUCUUGAGCAGGUUAUUGCUCGUUCUAAAAAGGCUGGUUUGGUGAAGUUGCUGAUAACCGGCACAUCCGAAAAAGUUAGUCAGGAAGCCUGCCAAAUCGCUCAUAAGGAUCCGGAUUUUUUGUACUUCACCGCUGGUGUUCAUCCUCAUGACGCCAAAGACUGUACUGACCGCACUUUUGUUGAGUUAGAAAAACUCUAUUCAGAUCGACAGUGUGUUGCUAUUGGUGAAUGCGGCCUUGAUUUCAACCGUAAUUUUUCUCCUCCAGACGUCCAAAAACUCAUUUUUGAAAAACAGGUCGAACUGGCAGAGAAGCAUAAUAAGCCGCUGUUCAUCCACGAAAGAGACGCUCACGACGAUAUGAUUACCAUCUUGUCAAGGCAUAAAGAAGUUUUGCCUCGAUCAGUUAUACACUGUUUUACGGGAACUUCUAUCCAAGCUGAAAAGUAUAUUUCGAUGGGAUGUUUUCUAGGGCUCACUGGAUUUUUCUGGAAGGACAAGUCCGAAGAUGGAGUAAAGUACGCUCUCAGAGAACACAAAAUACCGUUGGAGAAGCUGAUGUUGGAAACAGACGCUCCGUUUAACUAUGCUAAAGUCUAUGACAAGAAAAUUCCGGCAUCUAUUCGAGACCGGAUCAGUAAAAAAGCUCUAGAAAUACACAAGUUUAGUUCCUUCAAACGUAAUGAGCCGUCAUCUAUACUCGCCACAUGCGAAUUGGUUGCAGCAUAUAUGGAUAUUGAUCCGAAAACUGUGGCUGUCAAAACUACUGCAAAUGCUUUAAGAUUCUUCAGAAUACAUUAA